AUGUCUGCCUCUCCGCUCUCACCUGGUGCCGACAUGGGCACUCAUUGGGAGCUCUCGUCUGGCGCUUCGUCGCCCCGAUCCGACACUUCAAGCAACACCAACAGCUUGUUCUCUUCGCUUGACUCGCCUGCUGACACCGAGCUGUCUUUCCCGGGCCUUGGUCCCGAUGAGACUAAGGCAGCUACUCCUGCGACUCAGCCCAGCAUUGCUGUGAUGCCGAGCUUUGCGAAUUACAUCUUCGUGGGCAAUGCAGCAUACGCUCCAGGACAGGUUCAGGUGAUGCGCGACGUGCUCAUUCAAGCUCGAAGAACUGGAGAGUUUCCCUCCACAACAGCUUCAAUCGAGGACCCCCAAACUACAGUUGAGGACCACCACCUUCUUCAGCGUCUCCGAGAUGCACGGGGUGACCCUGCCAUCCAUCCUCCUCCCCAGCAGUACAACGUCAUCAAGGUCGACAUUGCUCGUCGCAUCAAGGCUCGCGAUGAGAUGCAGGGAGCUCCAGCCAACUUUCAAGAGGUGGAUCAUCGAGUUCAAAACUGGAUGAACUCGAUCAACAAGGAAGCGCGCAUGUUGGAGAUUACACAGGCGGCACUCCAGCGCAAGGGCAUCAACAACCCCACCCAGGACGACUUGGACGCCAUCGCCGAGGAGUUCAUGCAGAUCGCAGAGCGCACUCUUCUUGACGUCGCCAAUCCUCUGCGCAUGAACACCACCCGACUUGCUGGCAACAUUGAUCGCUUUGACAGCCAGCUCAGUGGUCUCAAUUCAGUCUCUUCGACUAUCCAGUCUGCUGUCGAUAUGUCAACUCAAGCGAUGGGCGCUUCCACGAAGGCAAUGAGCACGGCAAUGAGUGCACAGAUCAAUACUCUUAAUACUGUUCUGGCGACCCAAGGCAACACUUUCAAUGGCUCACUCACCAUGCUCAACACAGCUUUGGGAACCGUUCAAACUGACUUGGAUCAACUCGUCGCCAACCUGCCAGCCAUCAUUGCGACCGCAGUCCAAGCCGCCAUCAACGAGCAACUGUCUCCAAUCCCUCAUCAGUACUUCUCCAGCACGCAACAUCAAUCCAACCACGACCAGCCACCCAAAUACACUACAGCUACUCGAGUGCAACAUUUCCAAGCACUUGACAGAGAGCUCCUCGGCGACGGCCCUGGAAUGGUCCCUUCUACAGUCCGAGCAUCAGGACAAGAUGAACAGACCUUGCUCUUGAACACACAGCCCAUGAAGUCGAGAUUCAGAAGAUUCUUGCGCGUCAUCACUGGAGGAGGUAAAUCGAAGAAGGAGGCGGGUUCCAAGUAA